AACUGGUUCUCUAUACCAAGUUUAGAAAAUCUCGCGAGAUUCGGCAUUACAUGUUGGUUUCGUCAAAAUGUCCUCGGAAACACCUAUGGAAGUUCCAACUGAUGAUCAACCACAUGUAGAAAACUCACACAAAGAAUUAUUAAAGACCAACAUUGAUGCUGAAAAGAAGAAAGCUGAGGGAAAUACAUUUUACACAAACAAACAAUAUCAGGAGGCGAUACAGUGUUACACAGAGGCAAUCGACAUUUGCCCCACCUGUGCUGCUUACUAUGGAAACCGUGCUGCUGCCUAUAUGAUGAUGAACAAAUACAAAGAUGCUCUAAUUGACAUCAGGGAAUCUCUGAGGAUCGACAAGACAUUUGUGAAGGGAUAUCUCCGGGAAGGGAAGUGUUAUUUGGCCUUAGGAGAAUCCCAAGCUGCGACCUGCAGUCUGAAGAAAGUCCUAGACCUAGACCCAAACAAUGUGGCUGCAAAGUCAGAUAUUGAAACAGCAAGUGGAGUAAUGCAGUUUGAAGAUAUGGCAGAAACAGAUUUUCAGAAAGGAGACUUCAGAAAGGCAGUAUACUGCAUGGACCAGUGUCUACAGAAAUGUCCGUCAUGUAUCAAGUUUAAACUGAAGAAGUCUGAAGCAUUGGCAAUGCUAGGUCGGUACCAAGAGGCUCAGGAAAUCGCCAAUGAUGUGUUACAAAGAGAAGAUUCCAUGAACUCGGAUGCGUUGUAUGUCCGGGGACUGUGUCUGUAUUACGAGGACUUGGUGGAUAAAGCCUUUCAGCAUUUCCAGCAGGUUCUGAGGUUAGCCCCUGACCACAAUAAAGCAAAGGAUGUCUACAAGAAAGCAAAAGCACUGAAAGCAAAGAAGGAAGAAGGAAAUACGGAGUUCCGCUCGGGAAAUGUACAGAAAGCUCACGACCUGUACACGGAGGCAUUAGAAAUCGACCCACAUAAUAAACUAACAAACUCAAAGCUGUAUUUCAACAGAGCGACAGUAUCAUCCAAAUUAAAUCGAAUCCAAGAUGCUAUAAAUGAUUGCACAAAUGCGAUAGAACUUGAUGAUACAUAUAUCAAAGCCUACUUAAGGAGGGCAAAAUGUUAUUUGGACACAGAGCAGUACGAGGAAGCUGUCAGAGAUUACGAAAAAGUUUAUAAAGUGGAUAAAUCUCGAGAAAACAAAAGACUUCUUCAAGAGGCAAAGCUAGAAUUGAAAAAGAGCAAAAGGAAAGACUACUACAAAAUCCUUGGUGUCCAUAAAUCUGCUUCAGUGGAAGAAAUUAAAAAGGCUUACAGGAAAAGGGCAUUAAUUCAUCAUCCAGAUCGACAUAGUCAUGAUACCCCUGAUAAACAGAAGGAGGAGGAGCGGAAGUUUAAGGAGGUGGGAGAGGCCUACUCUGUGUUGUCUGACACGCGUAAGAAAGAUCGAUACGACAGUGGUGCAGACAUAGAUGAUUUAGAAGGACCGGGUGGUUUUGACCAUGUGGAUCCCAAUGUGAUAUUCCAGACAUUCUUUGGUGGUGGUGGCGGCGGCGGCGGUUUCCCCGGUGGUUUCCCUGGCGGUUUCUCUUUCCAGUUCGGAUGACCAAACAUUUACCAUCUGUUGGAAAGGAAUUUACAUACUGGUCCAAAGUGAUCAUGAGGCCAGGUGCUCACCUCCACAGGCAUAGGUUGUACAAGUGGUCAAAGAAUUAAUGAAAUACAAAUUUGGACCGUUUGUGUAAUAGUGAAUUAUUUGAACACUUGUUCUUGUGAUCAUGCAUUAUAAUUUAUAUACUGAAAGCAUACAAUGAACCUUUAUAGACUCAGUAAGCCAGUCACACAGAUUACGAGUCCCUCUGUUGCUCAGUUUUAAACUCUGUCUCCAUACCAUUCAUCAUGGCUCUUUAAAAGGAACCAAUAAAACAUUUGUCAUAUAUACCUUUGUGUGUCUUCAGAUUGUUUAACACUCUAGAGAGAGACUACAAUUUUAUUCUUUGUUUUUAUUGUACUUCAGGGAUAUCAUUGCCUAACCUAAUCUGAUCUGUUCCUUGUGAAUGGUAGAAUGAAUGAUGAAAUGAUAUACAGAAUUUUACAGAACUCUGUGUGUACGUCUGACUUUGUGGACUCGGACUUACACACAGGUCUGUAGUACUACACUAGCACUGUACCCUGGGAAAUUUAGACUUUUUUACGCCCCUGGAAUGGCAUAUACCGUAUAUACUCGCCUAUAAGUCGGUUGUAUUUUUUAAGGUUAUUUUGUAGGAAUUUGCCAUUGACCCGCUUAGAAGUCAUUUCUAAAUUUUUGUCAGAAUCAGUUGACAAUUUCAAGUCAAUACUGUAGUGUUUUUACCUAUGUUUAAUUUUUUUUUUGGGAGAAAUUAAUGAUUAUGAGGUGCUCAAUAUCCAAGCCAUAUCUGUUUGAUGUUUAAACGCAACCCUUGAUCUAUUAUGGACAAUGAUCCCUUAUUUACCUAAGCAAUUAUUUUCUCUUCAUUACCAGUACCUGACACCGUGUUUACUUUGUGGGGUUCCAGUAUAAUUCAAUGUAUCAACAAUAGAGUUUUUAAGAGUCAAGAAUGAUGAUCUAAAUUAUCUGUUAACAAUAUUCAAUCUUUUAUGAAAUAUGUUUCAGACGGUAUACAUAAUGAAUAUUUCAAUAUUAAUUCGGGUUCGUAGUUCAAUUUUACCGAUAAAUGAUAGAUUAGUUGAAUUGAAAGUAUUAGUUAGGAAACGGUAUGUAAAUAAUUUUUGACAAAAUAAAAAUAUGUAAAUACUUACUGUACUUUAUACAUAAUUUUAAAAUACAUAAACAAUACAAUAUGUCUAGAUAUUUGUGAACAAUAAUCAUUUGUGUGGUAGUCCAUGAUAAUCGUUGGAGUUGUUUAAAAAACACUACAUUACGCAGUCCAGAAAAAUACCAAUCUUCUUAGGAUGCGCCUAUAAGUCGGACAUAGAGUUUUGGACAAAAAAUUGACUCCCAAAAAUCCGACUUAUAGGAGAGUAUAUACGGUAGUUUUUGGUCUGUGUCUGUUUGUCUGCAAAAAGUUAAACCUUGGCCAUCAUGUUUUAACAGUUAGUGCUAGGGCUUUCAUAUUUCACAUGGGUAUUCCUUGUGAAAAAAAACCCCUUGCAUUAGGUACCAUAAUUUUUUAUUUCAUGACCUUUGCCUUGGGGGUUUGACCUACUUUUGAAAAACUUAACCUUGGCCAUUAUCAACUUUGCUGCCAUACAGGGGCAUCAGUGUUUCACAACCACGUCUUGUUUAUUUUUUUGAUUUCAGUUCCUUGAGCAAGAACCUAUAAUUUCAAUCAGUACAUAUCAGUUUAAAGUUGCUGAAAACAUAAUAUGUACUAAUGAUUUCCUUAUUUCUUGUAAAGGGUUUCAAAUAACUGCUUUAUCCCAGAAUACAGAAUGGUGCUUACAUGUACAUGUAUUUGUCAAGUCUGCUCUUGACAUGUACACAUCAAUUUUAUGUUGAUUUUUACGUUUUUGUUUUAAGAGGAAAUAGAAUUGAGAGAACAUCAGUUGUUGUGAAAUCGUGUGGUGAAUGCUCUCAGUAUUCUUGUGUUCUGUAAAUGUGAAAUGUGGCGACAAGGUCUUAAUAAAGGAUCUCAUUCGA